AUACAUUUGUAUGUUCUGCGCACUUUUGACUGCGGAGAUUGCAAAUUUUUAAGGGGGAUUUUUCCCCUCAAACUUUUUUUUUCUCCGCUCUACCAGACUGCGGUGAUUUUAAAAUUUUUAGGUGGAUUUUCCCCCUCAAACUUUUUUUUCUCCGCUGUACCAGUAAAAAAACACUGAUUUCCAAAAACCAUAAUGUAUGUUCUGCGCACUUUUGACUGCGGAGAUUGUAAAAUUUUAAGGGGGAUUUUUCCCCUCAAACUUUUUUUUUCUCCGCUGUACUAGUAAAAAACACUGAUUCUCAAAAACCAUAAUGUAUGUUCUGCGCACUUUUGACUGCGGAUAUUUUUAAAAUUUAAGAUAUAGUUUUAACCAAUUAUUUUUUCCCCUGUUACACAUAAAGUUUAAACAGUGUAUACACACUUCAACACUAUUUAUUUCCCUUUUCAGACAGUUCAGUUAAUAUUCAACCAUCGUUCAAUCAGGUUCUGUUAGUUUUAAUCAAGUUUAAUUCAUUUAAGUUUUUUUAUUUUUUUUUUAUAAAAAAUGAAUUUUCAACAAAUUAACAACAGUUUUUGUUCACUUGUUUCGUUAGUACGAAACAAUGCAUAUCCUACAUAUCCAGAAUUCACUACAUUUAUAUCAAGAUUGAAAACAUUCAAUUUAUUUCCGUUGACUUCAUCUCAAGAUAAAUACUCAUUAGCUGAAAGCGGUUUUAUAUAUUCAGGGAAAAAAGAUAUUGUUGAAUGUUUUUGCUGCGGUAUUAUAUUGCAUCGUUGGGAAAAAGAAGAUAAUCCAUGGAUUGAACAUUCAAGAUGGAAUCCGAAAUGUGUUUUUGUAUUAUUAUCAAAAGGAAAUCAGUUUGUUGAAAAUGUAGUAAAAAAAUAUGGUUCUAUCGAAUUAGGUAGCUACAGCAAUAUACAAAGUGAAGAUUGUUCAUUUAUGUACGAGUUAUUACAAUUUCAUUUUAAUUCAUUGUCGAACAUGAUAUUACAAGAUUUAGUGAUGUAAUAUAAAAAAAGUUUCUUAAUUUAUUUUAAUUUAUCGUUCUUGUAAAA